UCCAGGACGGGACUCCGCUGGCGGCGACGCUCGUCCCAGCCUUCCGCGAGCUCUCUGUCCGUGGUUCGCCAUUUUCUCACUAUUACGAGAUGGAUAUCGAUGAGACGGACCAAGCGGUGCUUGAUCAGCUGGGCGUAGUCUCGCUGCCGGCCUUUGUGGUUGUUGGCAAGGCUGACUAUCCGCAUGAUGCUGCUCCUGAUCCGCCCGUCAUCGUACCCGGCUGGGAUGGCGUCCAGAUUGUGGCAUCGGCUUCAGUCUCGACCAUCGAUCGCCUGGAAGUCAUCCUUGCCCGCAUCGGCGUCUUGUAGCUGUGGUCCACUCUCUUCGCCGUCCUGCCUGUCUUUCUGCCUACUCGCGGUCCCGUGGCCCGAGUCGGACGACCACCCACCAUGUGCGAGAUUGCAGGAGCGUGAGUCACGGCUGCUCAUGUUGGCCUAUCCACCCGACCUCUCGCCUCACUUUGCUUCUCCUCUGUGGCAACAACGUCGCGCGACAAUGGGCCCAUAACAACAGCGCCGCCGCUUCCCAUCGCGCAUCACUCCCC